UGCAACAAGGUGCUAAAUUAUCAAUGAAAAUAUUUUUGACGUUUGGACAUGUUCUUUUUAGUCCUCCUUCUUUUCUUUUGACGGACGUCUGUGCUGGUAUGCAGCAUGUCAGCUUUAUGGACUCCAACAGCUCUAACCUGUCAGUCAUUAAAGACGAUCAUCCCGAUCAAAGUUCUCACGGCUUUAUGGGCCUGUUUACUGCAGUCCGACACAAACGUUUCUGUCAGAGUCACAACAUGGCUUUUAGAGGCCGUCCGUGCAAACUGCCUGCACUGGUUGGAGUCUUUGUGGUUUUGACGGUGCAAGCUGUUCCAACAUUCUUCGGUGAUGAUGCAGAUGCUGGGGAUCUGAGAGAAGACAUUCCUGAAAUUAAUCGAGAACUCAAACACUUGUUUGAAGGAGACAUCGCCGGCCACUCAAGCAGAAAUGCCAUUCUUGAUGAAACAAGGAGAUGGAAGUUCCCAAUUCCCUACAUCUUGACUGAUUCUCUAGACCUGAACGCCAAGGGGGUGAUUCUCCAGGCAUUUGAGGAGUAUCGCUUACGAUCCUGUGUGGACUUCAAGCCCUACGAAGGGGAAUCCAGCUUCAUCUCCUUUGCCAAGUUCUCUGGAUGCUGGUCUUACGUUGGGGAUGAUAAAGUUGGACAAAACCUGUCCAUCGGAGCGAGGUGUGACACCAAGGCCAUAGUGGAACACGAACUCCUCCACGCUUUGGGGUUCUAUCACGAGCAGUCUCGUUCCGACAGAGACGACUACGUCAAAAUCUGGUGGGACGAGAUUGAAGAAGGAAAAGAGCACAAUUUUAAUAAAUACGAGGACGACUUCAUCACCGAUCUCAACACUCCGUAUGACUAUGAGUCCAUCAUGCACUACAGACCGUUAUCUUUCAACAAGAAUGAAAGUUUCCCCACCAUCACCACCACCAUACCGUACUUCAAUGGUGUCAUUGGCCAGAGGAUGGACUUCAGCGAAGUGGACAUCACCCGGCUUAACCGCAUGUACGACUGUGCCAAUUCACUUAUUCUGUUGGACCAGUGCACAUUUGAGCUCAUCAACAUCUGUGGAAUGAUCCAGAGUGAGAUGGACACUGCAGACUGGGUUCAGACGCUCGGAAGUCCAGCCGAUGCAGAUCACACCUUGGCAGGUCGCUGCAGAGAUUCUGGCUAUUUUAUGAAGUUUGAAACUUCCUCCGGGGAUGUCGGCAACAGCGCCUUGCUGGAGUCACGCAUCCUCUAUCCAAAAAGAGACGUGCAGUGCCUGGAGUUUUUCUACAGGAUGACUGGAGCAGCCGGGGACAAACUGGUCAUAUGGAUCAGGGCUGAUGAUGGGACGGGGAAUGUGCAAAGUCUCAGGAGGAUCCACACCAUAACAGGUGAUGGAGACAGUACCUGGAAAAUAGCCCAUGUAUCUCUUAAGGUGAUCGAGAAGUUUCGUUAUAUCUUCCAAGGAGUUAGAGGAUCAUUGAGCUCCUCAGGGGCCAUCUUCAUUGAUGACAUUACUCUCAGUGAAACUGUGUGCCCCAGUGCGGUCUGGCAAAUUCGAAACUUCACCAACGUCAUUGAAAACACUCCAGCAUGGACGCCACUUAAGAGCAAAUGCUUCUACAACUCGGAGGGCUACUCAUUUGGCAUUAGCGUGUACCCAAAUGGCAGAGACAGUAAUUACUCAGACUAUGUAGGCAUUGCUUUCCAUCUCUGCAGUGGCGAGAAUGAUGGAGUGAUGGAGUGGCCGGUUCAAAACAGGCAGGUCACUGUCAUCGUCAUGGACCAGGAUCCAGAUGUUAAACUGAGGAUGUCUUCUACAAAGAGCUUCACCACAGACAACAACACCCGCUGGGAAAGACCAACAGCCUCUUCAGGUGCAGCGUGGGACGAAAGCUGUCUGUGCUUCCGCAGUGUAGACUUUGGCUGGAGCACUUUUAUGUCCCACAAUCAUCUGUACAGGAAAAACUAUCUGAAGAACAAUGACCUCAUCCUGACUGCUGACUUUAAUGAUUUGACUCAUCUGAUCAAGACUGAGGUUCCUGUAGUACCAGCCGGUCAGAUCACUGCGAAAAAGGAAGUUGAUGAGGCGGAAAGGUGGAAAGAACCAGCUAAACACAGAGAGCCACGUGCCACUCAUGGCUGCCAUCCCAACCUAUGUUUAAAUGGAGGUGUGUGUGUGGAGAGUGGGGGCAAAGCCUUUUGCAGGUGUGCAACAAGCCAGGCCACCUUCUACACGGGCCAGACAUGUGAAAAGAUGAACAUUGACAGGCGAAUCCUGGGGGCUCUGAUUGGAGGAGCAGCUGGGACAUUUGUCUUGACUUUGGCCAUUUUCCGUGUUAUUCGAAGAACUAAAGCAGACACACUGUAGAGGAUUGGGAGAUUUCAUGCAGACAUUGUGACUGCAAUUGACUGAAAAUCUUGGCAUGGCUGUGUUUUGAAUCAAAUACUUAAAUCUGGUAUAUCCACUUAGAGACACAUGAUUUUAUUUUUUUUCCUUUUAAGCAUGUACACUUGAAUAAAUUAAAACCAUUAAAACAA